AGCGGCGAGUGAGGCGUUGGGAGGCUCAGAAUUAAGAUGUUCUGGUUUCAAGGAAAUGGCAUGCAACUUGCCAGAUACUCCUUCGGAUUCCUCUUGAGAAAUAUCUCUGCUUCUAAAGCUUCUCUACCUGUGAUAACCUUAUUCACAAAGGAUCCAUGCCCUCUUUGUGAUGAAGCCAAGAAAGCACUGGAACCUUAUAAAAAUAGGUUUAUUUUACAGGAGGUAGACAUCACACUUCCAGAAAACUCUGAUUGGUUUGAAAGGUACAAAUUUGACAUUCCUGUCUUUCAUUUGAAUGGCCAGUUUCUGAUGAUGCAUCGAGUAAACAUCUCAAAACUUGAAAAACAGCUUCAGAAAUUUGAGCAAUGAAGUGCUAGAAGCUGACAGACACCCUCAUGGUUUUUCACCCUUAAUCCAAAAUGCAUCUUCCUAUGGAAAGGAUCGAGGCCUCAUACGCCUUUAGACACUUUCACACAGCCCUCAGGACGCUCUGAACUC